CGUUCCUUGUUUAUUCAUUCCCGCCGGCCGGCCGCGACCCUCUCCUGGACCCCGACUCCUUCCAUCCUUUCUCUCUUCCCCACCGACGCCGUCGCCUCUCCUCCGAGCCCUCGCACAAGGGGAGAUGGAUUUGGGGGCAGAGCAGCAGCAGCAGCAGCAGCACGGCUGCGAGCAUUACACGAGGGGGUGCCGGAUACGGGCGCCGUGCUGCGGCGAGGUCUUCGGCUGCCGGCAUUGCCACAACCAAGCAAAGAAUUCGAUCCAGGUCGACUUCCGCGACAGGCACGAGAUCCCUCGCCACGAAAUCACCAAGGUUAUCUGCUCUCUCUGCAGCAAAGAACAGGAUGUGCAACAGAACUGCUCUGAUUGUGGGGCGUGCAUGGGAAAAUACUUCUGCAAAACAUGCAACUUCUUUGACGAUGAUAUCUCCAAGAAUCAGUAUCACUGUGAUGGAUGCGGCAUCUGCAGAACUGGUGGCAGUGAUAACUUUCACUGCGAAAAAUGCGGGUGUUGCUACAGCAAUGUCUUGAAGGAUUCUCAUCACUGUAUAGAAGGAGCAAUGCAUCACAACUGCCCUGUCUGCUUCGAGUAUCUGUUUGACUCGACGAUGGACAUCAGUGUACUGCACUGUGGGCACACGAUCCAUCUGGAAUGCCUGAACGAGAUGAGAGCUCAUAACCACUACGCAUGUCCGGUAUGCUCGCGUUCCGCCUGCGACAUGUCUGCCGUGUGGCAGAAGCUUGAUCAGGAGGUCGCCGCCACACCGAUGCCAGAGUUCUACCAGAAGAAGAUGGUAUGGAUCCUGUGUAACGACUGUGGGGUGACGUCGAGCGUUCGCUUCCACGUCCUGGCACAUAAGUGCCCCGGAUGUGCCUCCUACAACACCAGGGAGACGAGGGGUGGCCCGGCUACUGCGGCGGCAUGCUCAAGAGUCUGAGCACUACGAUGAUAGGACACACACAUUUACAGGUGGGAUACUAUCCAGGAAUUGAUCAAGAUGAUGGAGCAUUCGAUUCAAGCUGGUAGCCUGAAGCUGCUACUAGUGCUUGCUGCAGUAGGAAGCAAGUGAGGGGGAGGCGUCUCUCCUCUCUGAACAGACCAGGAAUGGCUGUGCCAUCGCGGUUGCUCGUUCCAAACCAGAGAACAACAAAACUCAGCUACGCUUGCACCAGUCUGCUUUGAUCGGUGUGAGUUGCCCGUGAUACAUGAACCUAUCUAGAGAGCUCCUAAUUAGGACAUCAGCAAUUACACACCAAAAGCAUAGGAAGUGAGUGAUAUAUAUGGCGAUGUUGCACCUGGAUACUUGUUGCUCUUUCUGUUGGUAAUCCAUUGUUGCUUCGAUA